GACGGGUUCGAUUAUUCUCGACCGUUGUCGAGUCUGUCUAUAUUAUGAGUAUAACACCGACGAUAAUAUUAUAAUAUUAUAAGACUCGGUCAGACUUUUUCAAUCCGUCGCGUUAAAAACAUAUAUAUAUAUAUAUAUAUAUAUUGAUCACAAAUCGUACGCGUAAAGUGCCGGUCAUAUUUAUAAUUUAUAUAUAUAUAGGUAAGUAAGCGUAAAUAUACGAAUUACACGUGCACUCGUCUUACGGUGAAAACGCGAUCUACACAUUAUUGUUAUAAAUAAUAUAAUCGUACCGUACCGCGGAAUGUCGUCGAAUCCCAUCCGAGGAAUCCGGCGGAAAAAGUCAUCGCUGACUGAAGUGAAGAUAGCGGUUUUGGGGGCUCCCGGCGUCGGAAAAAGCGGUGAGCAGCACCUCAUUGACCGUGCGGUUUUUAACAAAGCGAUAUAUUGGCGAAUAUGACCACCAAGCUGAAACGAGGUACAAGCAUGAAGUGAUGGUGGAUAGCGAACCGAUUCUUUUCGAGAUACUAGACACCUGUCCAAAGAAUGACGAAGAGUUACCUUUGAAUGACGUUUACAAUUGGGCCGACGCGCUUGUGUUAGUAUUCGCCAUAACAGAUAGACGAUCUUUCAAUUACGUGCGGCGUGUAAAACAAACUAUGCUGGACACUUUUGAAAUGCCCGUGGCGCUAGUGGCCAACAAAGCUGAUAUGGUUCAUCUCAGACAAGUCAGCACAGAAGAAGGUGAGAUAUUGGCGAAAGAUUUCGAGUGUUGUUUCACCGAAGUGGCGGCCGCCGAACAAGUGGGACAAAUCGCCGAGGUGUUCCUUGAAGUGUGUAGAGAAGUGUUGAGUGUUCGGCGGAAAAACAAACAAUCGUUGCUGGACCGAAUGUUAGGUGGUAAGACGGCCGUUGUAAAGGCAUACGCCCGUGGUAAAAGUGACAGCGCUUUGCCAAAAGACUAAUACUUUUGACGGUGUCAACACAAUCUUCCGGAUAUAGAGUUACAACAGUCACAGCGUGGUAUAUAUUAUAGUAUAUGCACAUAAGUAUAUGACAUUAUAUACAAAAUAUUUAUUUUCUCCACAGACAAUAACUCGGAAAAUAGACUCAAGGAACUUUUAAAUUGUUUAUUUUUUAAACGUUCGGGAACAUUAACUAUUUUAUAUUUUCCAUGAUUUCAAUAUCUAUUCUCGAGACUAGAAAAAACUAUAAUUCCUAACAUAAUAAUGCAUAUUAUUGGAUUAUCCUAACAUAUAAAUUGUCUAAUUCGUGAUAAAAGAGUUACUCUGUACAUAUAAUAGUAUUAUGUAUAUGAUAAUAAAAUAUAUUUUAGUAAUUAUGUUCAUAUAAUAAAAAUCGAAUUUGGAUGUGAGCAACUGUGGAUUUCUUGCACCACCAACCGCAGAAACUGCAUCAUACCCAUAAUUCAAAUAUAUCAAAUAUAAUAUAUUAUAUGCAUACUGCAACUAGAUGCAGAUUAUUUUAAACAAAACAUUCAUUACAUAUGUUGUAUAUGUAUAUAAAUACCUCAAGUACAUUUUUAUGUUUUCGUAAAAAGAAAAAUUGUUUUUUUAAUUUAGCGUACUUAUAAAUAGCACUAUAUUUUUUCAAAAAGACAUUUAUUUAUAUUUAUUAUUACCUGAACAUAACGAAAAAUUGUCUUUUUAUUUUAUAUGGUCUGAAAAUGUAAUACAAUCAUAUAAAAAAAAUAUGCUGUAUUCAAAAAACUUUAAUAAAUUGUAAAUGUUAUCGUUUAUUUUUAUUUGUGUUUUAAAUAAUUGUUAAAUAGAUAAUAAUGUCAACUAUAAAACGUUAUUUCUUUGAACUAGGUAUUAAAAGUUACUACAAUACGUACUACUUAUCACACUUUAAAAUAAUAUAUGUUCAAAAUCUAUAAAUGUUUAGCUAUUUUUAUUAGUAUACCUAUAGUCUUAUAUCGGCUAUACCUAUACAUAACAUUUUAACUUAAACCUGUUAAUAUAAUAAUAUCCUUAUAAACAUUGGAUAACAAACUGAUUUGCGUAGAUAUUUAUCUUUUUUUAUUAUUAAUUAGUUGUAAUUUAUAACGGAAUGACAAAUAAAUGUAAUUCAAUUAUUGUAUUUAAAUUAAUUUAAUGAUAUAUCGGUACAACAAUAUAGUUUUCAUUCAGGUGAGCUAACAUGGAUCUCUAAAUCUUAUUUAGCUUUUUAUUUGGAUUUUGAAAACUAGAAUUUAAAGAAAGAAGGAAGGAAGUUAUUAUAUUGUUAUGAUGCACCACAGUCCACAAUGUCUUUUUUAUACAUUUAACUGGAAUUUAAUAUUUAUGUUACUUUAACGAUUGUAUAUUAUGUGUUUUUAAAAUAACAUAUACAUUAUACAUACUUUAUGCGUUAUGAAUAUUAUUAUUAACCUCGUUAGUAAAUAGUAUGUAUAAUUGUAACUUAAAAUAGUACAUUUUAUAUAAACCUUUAAUCAAAUGUAUUUUUUUUUUUUAAUGUUCAAUUAAAAUGUUAACUAUUAUCUAUCACGUCAAAGAUAAUAAUUAAUAAAUAUUCUUAUUUUCUUCAUA